AUGAGUAGUUAAGAAGAAGAUAAUCAAUUUGAUCAAGAAUAUGAACAAAAUAAUUAACAAAUUGAUGAGUUUGAAUAAAGGUAUAAGCAAAAUUAGACAUCUUCCGAGGAUGAAGAUCAACAUUAGCACAAAAGCCAUUCUUAAAAUAGCAAGGUUGAACAAUUGCCACCAUAGAAUAAAAUAGAAGCCAUAUAAAAACAAUUAUAGUUUUAUAAGAAACAGCCUCCUAAGACAUUGGCAGAGGAAUGCGAAGACGUGAUAAAUUCAAAAAAUGAAACUUUGAAGGAUAGAAAAAUUAGAGAAUUAGUCUAGAAGAAUAGACAAUUGUUGCUUAGUUAUGAGAAGGAAAAACAAUCAAGAAAGAAACUUGAGGAACAAGUAAACAAGGCAUUAAAAGAAACUGAUGAAGGAAUAAAGGCUUUGGAUAAAAGUAUUCCAAAGGCUCCGAUUCCUAAACCAGAUCCACUGGCAAAAGCAUUGAAAGGAUAGGAAUCAUAGAAGGACGACAUUGGAAUAGCAGAUGAUUUUAAGAGUAAGUUCAAAGAUGCAGACAAGAAAGUGUAAGAGUAGCGUGUAAAGUUAUAAUAAGUUAAAACAGAAUUAAAUAAAGCAAUGAGGAUAAUACAAAGAGAAAUAGGAGAGAAUGUAAACUUGGAUUAAGUGUUGAUGGAUGAAAACGGAUGGAAAGGCAGAGCAUAAUAGAUUGAAAUCUUGAAAUCAAAAGUGAAAGAUUUGAAUGCGAAGUUAGGUUCAUCUUCUUAAUAUUCUGAUGUUUCUUAGAUGUCUAAGUAAUCUAAAUAGGAAGCCAGGAAUAACAAUGAAAAAUAGCAAUAUGAAUUAUUGAAAUCUCAAUAUGAUGCAGUUAAAUAGGAGAAUGAGAAUUUAUAAUAGAAGAUAAAAGCAGUAUCAAGUAGGAGAUAAAUAUUGGAGGAUCAGAUAAAAGAUGUCAAAGUAGAGUAUGAGAAAAAUAAAAAGAUUUUAUUGGAGAAGAGCGAAAAUGAUGACAAGUACAUAUUUGCAUUGAAAACAGAAUUAGAAAAAUUGAAGAAAAAUUAGCCUUAAUAAGAAACUAAAAUAGUAUAUAAGCCAGCAGAUGAUGAGGAGACUAGAAAAUUAAGAUAGGAGUUAAAGUAUUGUAAAGAAGAAAUUAGUCGCAAUGAAUAGAUGAUCAAAGAAUUAAUAGCAGAGAAAGUCAAUAGAGGUAAAUAGGAAUUGCCGCAAUAAUAAUAAUAACAGGAAAAAGUGCAGGCAAAGCCAGGUCAAACAGAUGAAAGAGUAAAGAAGUUGGAGGAGGAGAUAAAGGCUUUAAAGAGAGAGAGGGAUGAAUUCUUUAAGACACUGACUAAGGAUGUUGAAACUUAGAAGAUGAUAAAAGAUUUAACUAUGUAAAAUGUAAAAUUGCGUAAUAAGAUUGAUGAUUUAACUAAAAAAUGA